AUGUCCAACAGCAGCUCCAUCACCGAGUUCCUCCUCCUGGCAUUCGCAGACACGCGGGAGCUGCAGCUCCUGCACUUUGGGUUCUUCCUGGGCGUCUACCUGGCUGCCCUCCUGGGCAACGGCCUCAUCCUCACAGCCGUAGCCUGCGACCACCGCCUCCACACACCCAUGUACUUCUUCCUCCUCAACCUUGCCCUUCUCGACCUGGGAUCCAUUUCCAACACUCUCCCCAAAGCCAUGGCCAAUUCCCUCUGGGGAUCUAGGGCCAUUUCCUACUCAGGAUGUGUUGCACAGGUCUUUCUGUUUGUCUUCUUGAUAUCAGCAGAGUUUUUUAUUCUCACCGUCAUGGCCUACGACCGCUACGUUGCCAUCUGCAAGCCCCUGCACUAUGCGACCCUCCUGGGCAGCAGAGCUUGUGCCCAGAUGGCAGCAGCUGCCUGGGGCAGUGGGGUUCUCAAUGCUGUCCUGCACACUGCCAAUACAUUUUCCCUGCCCCUCUGCCAAGGCAAUGCCUUGGACCAGUUCUUCUGUGAAAUCCCUCAGAUCCUCAAGCUCUCCUGCUCAGACUCCUACCUCAGGGAAAUUGAGCUUCUCACAUUUAGUGGUUUUCUGUUUUGGGGGUGUUCUGUUUUCAUUUUUUUCUCCUACGUGCAGAUCUUCAGGGCUGUGCUGAGGAUGCCCUCUGAGCAGGGAUGGCACAAAGUCUUUUCCACGUGCCUCCCUCACCUGGCCAUGGUCUUUCUGUUUCUCAGCACUGGCAUGUGUGCCUACCUGAAGCCCCCCUCCAUCUCCUCGCCAUCCCUGGACCUUGUGAUGGCUUUCCUGUACUCGGUGAUGCCCCCAGCAGUGAACCCUGUCAUCUACAGCAUGAGGAACCAGGAGCUCCAGAAUGCCAUUAGGAAAGUGAUGUCAUGGAUGUUUAUCCCCAUACCCAACAGGCAGCACAUGUCCAACAGCAGCUCCAUCACCAAGUUCCUCCUGCUGGCAUUCGCAGACACGCGGCAGCUGCAGCUCCUGCACUUCGCGCUCUUCCUGGGCAUCUACCUGGCUGCCCUCCUGGGCAAUGGCCUCAUCCUCACCGCCGUAGCCUGCGACCACCGCCUCCACACCCCCAUGGACUUCUUCCUCCUCAACCUCGCCCUCCUCGACCUGGGCUCCAUCUCCACCACUCUCCCCAAAGCCAUGGCCAAUUCCCUUCAUGAUACCAGGGCCAUCUCCUAUCAAGGAUGUGCUGCACAGGUCUUUGCAUUUGUCUUUUUGAUAUCAGCAGAGUUUUUUCUUCUCACUGUCAUGGCCUAUGACCGCUACAUUGCCAUCUGCAAGCCCCUGCACUACGGGAGCCUCCUGGGCAGCAGAGCUUGUGCCCAGAUGGCAGCAGCUGCCUGGGGCAGUGGGGUUCUCUCUGCUCUGCUGCACACUGCCAGUACAUUUUCUCUGCCCCUCUGCCAAGGCAAUGCCUUGGACCAGUUCUUCUGUGAAAUUCCCCAGAUCCUCAAGCUUUCCUGUACAGAUGCCUACCUCAGGGAAGUUUGGGUGCUUCUGUUUAGUGCUUGUUUGACAUCUGGAUGUUUUGUUUUCAUUGUUUUUUCCUACGUGCAGAUCUUCAGGGCUGUGCUGAGGAUGCCCUCUGAGCAGGGCCGGCACAAAGCCUUUUCCACGUGCCUCCCUCACCUGGCUGUGGUCUCUCUUUUUCUCAGCACAGCCAUUUUUGCCUACCUAAAGCCCCACUCCAUCUCCUCCCCAUCCUCUGACCUGGUGGUGGCAGUUCUGUACUCGGUCAUGCCCCCAACACUGAACCCCCUCAUCUACAGCAUGAGAAGCCAGGAGCUCAAGGGUGCCAUUAGACGAAUGAUUUCAUGGAUGUUUCUGAGUAGUGAUAGAUUUUCCCUCUUUCUACACAAGUGA